AUGUCGGGUCAGAAGAAGCGGCCGUCCUUGGCCAGCCAAAAAGCUGCGGCAUCAAGCUCGAAAAAGCCGAAGGCAACGACUGAUGCGGCUGGCAUCGGCAGUCACCCGCUUAUCGAGGCUUUGAAUGAAGCACAAGCGUGCCUGGCUGGGGAGUUGAAGGACCACGGUUGCAAUUGCCAAAUGCAGCAGACCUGUCUACAUCAUGACCUUCAGGGCAAGGAGCCCCUGGACUUUGCAGGCGUGUCUGCGUAUGACAAGCAAGACUUUGCCGCUGCGAUGAAGAAGUAUGGCUCCGUGAAGCUGAAAGCAGAGAAGAAGUACAAGACCAAUGAUGGGUUCUGGCAUGCCGGAGACUCUGUCAUGGAGCCUAUCACGGCAAAAGUGCAGCACUUGGCCGAAAAGACCGAGGAGACGACCCGGGCAUUGAAGAGCUUCUUCAUGAUGGCUCGCUCCUAUCGUGUGCGCUAUGUGUUGAUACCCGACGACGAGCAGUGUGAACGCCGCAAGUUUGAGCUUGCGGAGGAAGUCGAAGACGACAAGGAGGUGUUGACGCUUCAAGGCUUUCGACAGCUGCGUGCGGUUCACAUGCUCCAAGAGUUUCUUCGCCAACGGGGGAAGCCUUGCGAUGCAGAGGCCAUCGAGAAAUGGCUUGGGCCCAAGAUCAAGAACCUCAAGGCCCCCAAGAUAAAGAUGAUGGUGCGGAUCUACGACCGGAUGAACCAUCCGGAGGUGGAGAGUCUGAUUGUUGCCCUCGACGAUGAGUUUGGUUCCAGCCAUUGCUUCAACCACCUAUUUGCGUUGGACAUCAUCAGCAGCAAGACAUGGAUCCCGAAGAAUGAGCCGGGCUCCAUAGCAUUGCUGAAAUGGUGCAUGGAGAUCAUUUGCGCAAACAUCAUGCAGGGCAGGGUCUCUGCAAAACUCACGAAAGAGGGAAUGGUCCAGGAGGUAGCUAUUGCCUUGCUCAAGAAAAGGGUCGCAACCUUCUGCAUCAACAAGUUUGCUGGUGAAGACAAAGGCGAUGUUACCUACGAGCCUCACCGGGCCCCAUCGCAAGUUCUCUCUGCCAUCUUCUCAUCCUUUUCAGCGGUGCGGAGCAGUGGCAUCAUGGAGAGCAGCACAGCCAGUUCUUCCUUGGGCUGGUUGGGUCUGCUGCCAGCUUAUCAGAUCGAUGUCAUCAUGUUCCUGGCCAAGGUCCUGCGGGGCCACGCUUCCUUGGACGAGAUCUUUGAUCACUGUGUCACACAGGACAAAAUUGUCCCGGCAGAAACUGCCCUUGUGUGCGAGAAGAUGUUGAAGUCGGGCCUCUUCGACCUCUCAGGGCUUCUUGAGAGCAAGAAGGAAUCCGAGCUGAAGGCCCCACCCGAUGCACCGGAGCCUCCGAAAGUAGAAGAGAAGGAUUCUGAGAAGGAUGAGAAGCCGGAAGAGCCAGACAAGGAAACCAUCCUGGCUGGCGGCUGUGAAGAGGCUCCUAAGUCGGAGCCGCCACGUGUGAACCGCGUCUCCUGGUUCUCCAAGCUUCACAUUCCUCAGGUGAUUAUCUCAGUCUUGGAGAAACACUCAGACCUUUACUUCGAGCAGGUCAUCGAAUGGGCUCAAAUCAGGGUCCGUGCCUUCAUGAAUCUGGAGGUGAAAGAAACGGCCGUUCCGGCUCUGAAGGAGCAGCUUGCUCGGAUCAAGGGUGGUUUGUCGUGCCUCUUCAUCAUGGACGUGAAGUCGCGACUGCGGCUGCCGUCGGAUGGGAUUCUGCUGCGCCCCUUCAGAAGGCCAGUCCCCCUCAACCAGUCUUCUUUCAGGAAGGUGCUCCAUGCUUUAUGGAAUGACCCUGCCAAGCAAGAGACGCCAAGCAUCGUCAGCAUGUGCAGGUUGUAG